AUGGUGGAAUGUGUUGUCCUUUGGUCAUUGGAGGAAGAUGGUGGCAUGCCCAUGGCUGGAGCAAGACCAAGGGCUGAAAAGACUGGUAGUUCUUGUGGGCUUUCGUUGUCAUUCAAGGACGUGACUGUGGACUUCAGCAGGGAGGAGUGGCAGCAUCUGGACUCCAGUCAGAGGCGCCUAUACCGGGACGUGACGCUGGAGAACUACAGCCACCUGCUCUCAGUAGAUGGGAAGCUUGGGAUUAAAACGUCACCUAGAAGAAGUUCUGGGAUAACUACAUUUCCUAGUGAAAUGGAGGAUGAAAAUAAGAGAGAUGACUCCUUGUAUUCUAUUUUGGAAGAACUGUGGCAGGAUGCUACACAGAUGAGAAAAUACCAGGAAAAACAGAACAGACAUCUGAGUCAUACUGCUUUUAUUAAUAAGAAAAUAUUGAAUACAGAGUGGGAUUAUGAAUAUGAAGACAGUGGAAAAUUUGUUCAUCCAAGCUCAAAUCCCAUUCCUUCACAGAAAAGACUCCAGAAACAUAGCUCUUUUGGAAAGAGUUUUAAUUUAGACUUACAUAUUCAUAGUAAAAACAGUGCAACAGAGAACUUUGAUAAAAUAAUUGGGCAAGGACAGGUUUUCACCCAGAGCUCUUCUUAUAGUAACCAUGAAAAUACACACACAGGAGUCAAAUUCUGUGAAGAUAACCAGUGUGGAAAAGUUCUCAGCCUCAAACAGGCACUCACUCAUAAUCUGAAAUUUCCAGUUGAGGAGAAAGCAAAUACAUGUACUGAAUUUGGGAAAAUCUUUACCCAGAAGUCACACCUCUUUGCACCUCAGAGAACUCAUCCUAUGGAAAAACCUCAUGAACUUAGCAAAUGUGUAAAUGUUUUUACACAGAAGCCACUACUCAGUAUAUAUCUAAGAGUUCACAGAGAUGAAAAAUUAUAUGUAUGUACGGAAUGUGGAAAGGCAUUCAUCCAGAAUUCAGAACUAAUUUUGCAUGAGAAAAUCCAUACUAGAGAAAAACCCUAUAAAUGCAGUGAAUGUGGCAAAUCAUUUUUCCAAGUGGCAUCUCUGCUUAGGCAUCAGACAAUUCAUACAAGCGAAAAACUCUAUGAAUGCAAUGAAUGUGGGAAAGGCUUCUCCCUGAAUUCAGCCCUCAAUAUACAUCAGAAAAUCCAUACUGGAGAGAGACACCACAAGUGCAAUGAGUGUGGAAAAGCCUUUACCCAAAAAUCAACACUCAGGAUGCAUCAGAGAAUUCAUACAGGAGAGAGAUCCUAUAUAUGUACUGAAUGUGGGCAGGCCUUCAUACAGAAGGCACACCUGAUUGCACAUCAAAGGAUUCAUACUGGAGAGAAACCUUAUGAGUGCAGUGACUGUGGGAAGUCUUUCCCCUCUAAGUCACAACUGCAGAUGCAUAAGCGAAUUCACACGGGAGAGAAACCCUACAUAUGCACUGAAUGUGGAAAGGCCUUCACCAACAGGUCAAAUCUCAACACUCACCAGAAAUCCCAUACUGGAGAGAAGUCUUAUAUAUGUGCUGAAUGUGGGAAGGCCUUUACUGACAGGUCAAAUUUCAAUAAACACCAGACAAUUCAUACUGGAGAGAAGCCCUAUGUCUGUGCUGAUUGUGGAAGGGCCUUCAUCCAGAAGUCAGAGUUAAUUACACAUCAGAGAAUUCAUACUACAGAGAAGCCUUAUAAAUGUCCUGACUGUGAGAAAUCCUUUUCCAAGAAGCCACAUCUCAAAGUACAUCAGCGAAUUCACACAGGAGAAAAACCAUAUAUAUGUGCAGAAUGUGGGAAAGCCUUCACUGACAGGUCAAAUUUCAAUAAACACCAGACGAUUCACACUGGAGACAAACCUUAUAAAUGCAGCGACUGUGGAAAGGGCUUCACUCAGAAAUCAGUUCUUAGUAUGCAUCGCAAUAUUCAUACAUGAAAGAAGCAUACCUGUUUCUUGAACGAAAGCCUUAUCACAGAAGUCAGGUCUAAGUGUAUAUUAUAAAAGUCAUCCAAGGUGGAUUUUCUAUGAAUACAUUGUUUAUGAGGAAGGAUCUGUUAGGCUACCUCACUUGAGAUGAGAAAAAUAUUCAGAAGAGACCCUCUAAGAAUGUACUGCAUGAGAGGGUAUUCCCAUAUUUGCUUGGCCUCAUAAAAUAUAAUAGAAUUCAUAUUGGGGAAUGUGCUGUCAACUUGAUGCAUUAGGAAAAGCCUUCCUUUAGAAAGUACUUUAAGGCAAUUUGUCACCAAGGGUGCAAAAUUAUGUAAAUGAUGGUCCAGUUUCAUGUAUUCUAUUAAGCAAUUUCAAGUGAUGACAAAAUGUAGACCUGCUCUCAGUUCUGUAAGGGUGUUUGGGGCAGAACAGACUGCACAGUAACAGGAAUAAGUGGAUUGAACUUUUUUGAAUUUGGUAUAAUCCUGUAUCAAAUUUC